UUGAAAGACAGGUUUAUUUUCGGAGAAGCAGGACUCCAGCUUUUCCGCUCCAAAAUAAAGGCAACAGCCCAUUGUACCAUAUAUUUAGGAAUUUAUUUUUUAGCUAUCUCUUCUAACACUGAAAUAGAUGAUGAUAUUGGAGAAGGGGUUAUCGUUCAUCGAGGAGUCAUGAUGCAACUUAUUGAUAAUGAGAACCACAUUGGAAUCGCCGAUGAAAUUGAAUCAUAUCCUUGUCGAUACUGUGCAGAUCGAGUUUUUUUAACUCCAUUCGGCUUAGAAAAGCAUACCAAAGCUCUUCAUUGCGAACAUCUUGAUAAAGUUUUCAAGCAGAUAACGAAAAUACAUAAUGAAUGGCGUAGGUUGGUCAAAUCCUCUUUAAAAGAUGUAUUUGGUCGAAAAACAGGUUUACUUUAUCCAAAUAUUAGAAGAACGUAUGACCCAUGUCGAAUUUGUGGAAUACUUAUAAAUAUUCUGCAUCCAAGUGCGAUGAUUAACCAUAUGCGUGCACAUACAAAAAAUGAUGAACUACGAAAUCAACUUCUUGCGGAAUAUGGAGUUGAGUAUGUAGAAAGGGUGACAUGCAAUGAAUGUCAACUAGUAUUUUCGGAUGAUAAUAAAUUAUUAGCACAUACGGAGUUUACACAUGCACGGAAAAGGAAAUAUAUAUGUAAAUGGUGUGGCCAUUUAUGCCAAUCCAUGGGACUUUUAAAUGCACACAAAGCUGAUGUACAUGGAAUGCCUUCAACGAGGUUCAGGGAACGAAUGCGUAAGCUUAACAGACGAAAAGCUGUAGGUGAAACGGCAGGAUCUUCAUUUUUUUCAUUUAGAACUGCAUGUGAAUUUUGUGAUCUAAUUAUGGUCAAGCCAUCUCUUUUAAUUCGCCAUAUGUUGCGAGUUCAUAAUCGAAGUAUUUUCACCGCAGUUAUCGAAAUGAAAAAAACGCCUCCUGUCAAAGUCGAAGUGGAUAAUGGCCGACUGACUUGGUUGUGUUGUGAAAGCUCGUAUUAUGAUAGGCAUUGA